UUAGAGGCUGGGGGCCGGAAGCAGAGCGCAGGGAGUCCCAGGUGGCUCUUAAUGGAGCCGUGCAUUUCCAUUGCCUGCUCCAGAUUCCCCCUCAGGCAGCUGUGGGUGGGGACAGGGGGACAGCAGGUAUAAGAGGCGAGUGUGGCUGUAGAAAGGUGGAUGGCAGCAUGGAUUCCAGGCCGGUAGCCGUGCUGCUGGUGUUGCUGCUGCUAAUAACUGACUGGGGCCACGCUGAAGGACCAGGAGGCCAGGAGGAAGGAGACCAGAUCUUAGUGGAGGAAGACAAUGGACCCCACCCACUGCAGGACGCCCACACCCCUAGGUCACUCUUGCACUGCCUGCUCCAGGCCAUGCAGGGAACAGGCCGGAGCCCAGCCUUCCUGUUUCAGCCCCCAAGGUUUGGCAGAAAUACCCAGGGAUCCUGGAACAAUGAAUGGCUGAGUCCCCGGGCUGAGGAGGGGCUGAGCUCUCAGCUCUGGAGCCUAGCCACCCACCAACGCUUUGGGAAGAAAUGACAUGUCAUGCCCUACAGUGUCUGCAUUCAAGACCCACACCCAAGUGCCGUGU